AUGCUGCGAUCUCUGCUUCUUGUUGUAUUUGUUACUGUGAUAUUACUCGCACUGAACACAGUAGAUGCUGCUAGCGUAAAAUCGAUGGUGGCCUCACAAAUGUCGGCAAAAGUAGGACUGAAGAAUAAAAAUCUCCUCACAUAUGUUGGUAACGUACCAGAUAACAUUCGUAAUAUGAUGCUUCGCAUGAAAUUCCUUCGAUGA